CAGAGGCAGGAACCAGACCAUUCUGGGAGUUUUUCACAUGCUACUUGAAUAAUGAAAACAUCAAUUUUCUUGCUGCAAUUGUCUCGAAGUUGCCCCGUACCUUCAUAGUCACGGACGAUGGUCAGAAACUUGCCUGGGACGUGGUCCUUGUCGAUGAAGACUGCACACUUGUACCACUCACUAUGUGGGAAGAAUUUGUGACUCGCCACGGUGCUGAGAUCGAAAGGCGGUUGAAUGAAGGGGAUCGCCCCCUCGUGCUCAUUAACAUGGUUGGUGUCAACCUCUUUCAAGGCCUUUCAUUGUCGACGCGAUACGAUAGCCAUAUGGAACUUGAUUCAGCCGGCAAGCGUGUGUUGCUACUUAUACAUGGUGUGGAAGCUGGGCUUAAUAAGGUUCCUGUGGUGUGGGUAUAUGGAAAAUUUAGCUUGACUGAUACCUCUGGAGAUAGUUUCUAUGUGGGUUGUGAUUAUUGUAACCGUAGAAUGUAUGCAGAAGACAGUGUAGAAUUUGAAUGCUUGUUCUGUGGCCAAAAGCAAGAAAACCACUGUUAAACAGUAUGAACCUUAUAACCUAACUACGUCUUCGUUGUUUCCUUUCUAUGCUAACUGGCUUUAGCUGUUGCAGCUUUAUCUGCAAUGCCACGCUCCAUGAUGUCAGCAGCUGCAUCCC